AUGAGUCAGAGCCUGCGCGAGGGCCACUGCCAGCCUCGGUGGGAGGCGCCCUCUGGUGGCUGCAGGGAGCCGGGGCCCUCGCAGAGGCGCUGGGUGGUGCUGGCCACUCCUGGGCUCCUGCUCCUCUGGAGCGGCCACUGCUGGCUUCCGUGUGGCCCUCAGGGCAGUGACCCCGGAGGCACCAGGCUCUGCCCGGCCAACUUCUCCGCGGCCGCCGACCUCGUCCUCAGCGGCUUCCAGGAGGACUUCCUCUGGCCCGUGCUGGUGGCCGCGUUCCUGGUGGCUGUGGCCGGCAACGGCCUGGCCCUGCACCGCUUCCGGACCCGGGAGCCGCGGCCCUGGAACCCGGCCGUGGUCUUCUCGGCACAGCUGGCGGUGAGCGACCUGCUCUACGCCCUGACGCUGCCCCCGCUGGCCGCCUACCUGUACCCGCCCAAGAACUGGCGCUACGGCGCCGCGGCCUGCCUGCUGGAGCGCUUCGCCUUCACCUGCAACCUGCUGGGCAGCGUGGCCUUCAUCACCUGCAUCAGCCUCACGCGCUACCUGGGCGUCGUGCACCCCUUCUUCACCCGCGCCCGCCUGCGGCCCAGGCACGCCUGGGUGCUCAGCGCCGCCGGCUGGGCCCUGGCCGUGCUGCUGGCCGCGCCCACGCUCGCCUUCUCCCGGCUCAAGGGGCCGCCGGGCGCGCCCCGGUGCAGCAGGGCCCAGCCCGAGGCCUGCACCAAGUGCCUGGGCACGGCGGCCGACGAGCAGCUGGAGGCCUACAGAGCCUACAGCCUGGCGCUGGCGGCCCUGGGCGGUGGCCUGCCCCUGCUGCUCACCCUGCUGGCCUACGGCGCGCUGGCCAGGGCGGUGCUGGGCAGCCCCAGCAUGGCGGGCGCCGAGAAGCGGCGCGUGCUGGCGCUGGUGGCCAGUGGCGUGGCCCUGUACGCCGGCUCCUACGUGCCCUACCACAUCACCCGCGUGCUCAACGUGGACGCCCGGCGGCGCUGGCUCAGCCGCUGCCCGGACUUUGCCAACGCGACCCAGGCCGUGACAGCGCUGGAGCUGGGCCCUUACCUGGGCUUCCAGGUGAUGCAGGCACUCACGCCCCUGGCUGUGUGCGUCCACCCCCUGCUCUACAUGGCUGUGGCCCCCAGCCUGCGCUGCUGCCCCCGGCGCCCGAGCCCUGGCCCGGACGUGCCUCUCCAGGCCGCGACCACCCCUCGCACCCCCACGCCCAGCCCCCGGAGCUGUGCCCCUGAAGCGGCCGGGUCCGGCGAGCAGGGGUGA